AUGGAGACGACGUACGCGGCGAUGACCUCGGACGUCGUCGUCGUGAGCGCGGCGGUGGUGCUGUGCGUCUCGGUCGGGGGCUUGGUGUGGAUGAAAACGUCGGGGGGACGGACGACGGGGUCGAGCGUGGCGACGGGUUCGGAGAAGGACGCGGACGAUGGGACGCGGACGAAGCUCACGGUGUUUUACGGCACGCAGACGGGGACGAGCGAGCGGUACGCGCGGGAGGUGGUGGCGCACGCGCGCGCGCGGUACGGAGACGCGGUGCGGGCGAGAGCGAUCGAUUUGGAAACGGUGGACGCGAUGGGGGCCGAGGACGCGCUGCAGGCGGAGACCGCGUGCGCGGUGUUCUUACAGUCGACGUACGGGGACGGCGAACCGACGGACACGAGCCAGGAUUUCGUGUACUGGGCGAGAGACGCGGCGAACGACGGGCGCAUGCCGGAUUUGCUCGAGAGUCUCACCUUUAGCGUCUUCGGACUUGGGAAUCGAUCGUACGAGCAGUUCAACGCGGCGGCGAAGAUGGUUCACAACGCCCUUAUCGGGCUCGGGGCGAAGCCUUUGCUCAAGCUCCAUCUCGGAGACGAUGAUCAGUGCCUCGAGCAAGACUUUGAAAACUGGAUCGAGGCUUUUUGGCCCGCGUUUGAGACCAAGUUUGGCUUACACAGCGACGGUGGGGACGAAGACCUGCCUCGUUACGACGUUGUCAUGAUGGACGGUGGCGACGGCGAGCGCGCGGCGGCGACUCAGGCGGCCAAGUACGAGAAGGAACACUCCAACGCGCGCGUCGCCGCGACGGCGACGCAUCCGUUUCUCGCCCCAGUAAAGGUUGUUCGCGAGCUUUACGGCAACGGCGCCGAUCGAAGCUGCGUGCACGUCGAUUUCAACAUCUCUGGUACGAGUCUGCACUACAAGACGGGCGACCAUUUGGGAGUUUUCGCCGAGAACGGUGCGGAUAUUGUCAAGCGCGUUGCCAAGACUCUCAAGUGCGACGUCGACUCCGUCUUCCGUCUGGAAAAGCCGAUCGAUGCCCCGGCAUCGCUCCCCGAGCCUUUCGCGACGCCUAUGACGGUUGGGGGCGCCAUCGCGAGAUACGUGGAUGUUUUGAGUAUGCCACGCAAGCAAGCGCUCGCGGCACUCGCAUCUGUUGCCAGCGAUAAGGACGCCAAGAAGCUCGCGUUUUUGGCGUCUCCGGCGGGUAAGGAUGAAUUCGCCAAAUACAUCACGAAACCGCACAGAUCGCUGUUGGAGGUAAUGGAGGACUAUCCGAGCGCGGUGCCGGAUCUCGGGCUGUUCUUUGGGGCCAUCGCUCCGAGACUGGCGCCCAGAUUUUACAGCAUCAGUUCCAGCCCAGCCGCGGAUAAGAACAUCGUCACCGCCACCGUGGCCGUCGUCAAAGAAAAGGUGGCCACCGGACGGGAGCACGAGGGAGUGGCGAGUACCUUCUUGCAACGAGCGGCUGAGGGUCAAAAGAUACCAAUCUUUGUGCGCACGAGCACGUUCAGACUGCCACAGAAUCCAGAGGCGCCCAUAAUCAUGAUCGGUCCGGGCACGGGCUACGCCCCUUUCAGAGGCUUCUUGCAGGAACGCACCGCGUUGAAAGCGUCGGGGGCGAAGUUGGGCCCCGCCAUGUUAUUCUUUGGCUGUCGCAACAAGGAUAAGGACUUCAUGUACGAAGCAGAAAUGCAAGCUGCGCUUGAGGACGGAGUCAUCACGAGUCUUGACGUCGCAUUCAGUCGCGAUGGUCCAAAGAAAGUUUACGUACAAGACAAAAUUAUUGAAAAGGCGAGCACGGUGUAUCCGAUCGUGAAGGGCACGGUCGGUAAGAACGAAGGUGCCGUUUACAUUUGUGGUGACGCCAAGAAUAUGGCCAGAGACGUGAACAAGGCGUUGCUGAGCGUUUUGAUGCGCGAAGGCGACUAUGCCGCGCACGAGGCUGAAGAGAUUCUUCGAAGGUUGAAAAACGAAUUUAGGUAUCACCAAGACGUGUGGUAG